AUGUCUUUGAUAUUAGCAAAUACUUAUCAGAUAGAGCAAAUAGUUAAUACAAAGACAAAUUUUUAUAUUAAAAACGAUAUUCUUUGGGCUAUAUCAACUGUUGGACAUCCGAUUCUGAUAAAUUUCCGCGAUUCUCAAAAUCUUCAAACUCAUUUAUUCUCCGAAGUUGGUGACUGCAAGAAAAUCGACAUUGAUUCGUCAGGUAGAUACUGUUGCGCAGUUUCUAAAGAAGGAGUUUUUGUUUUAGAUUCUCGUUCUUUAGUAGCAAGCAAAAUUUCAUCAGAUUCUACUCUCCCUGCGACAUGUUGGGCUUUACCAUCAAGUUAUCAAGCGCCAUAUAUCUUUUUAGCAUAUAAUUCCGGUAUUUUUGCAUAUUUUUCAAUUGAUUCUAGAGAUGAUCAGCAAUUAUUGCAAUUUACAGAUAGAUACGCAAAAAGUGGCAAGCGAGAUCAAAUCAUUCACUCUAUUCAUAUCUCACAUCUUAAUGGCGACAAAUUUUUAUUACAAAUGGUGUCGAAGAUGAAGAUUCCAAACGCAAAUUACACAUAUUAUCCAUAUAUAUUACUUUUCAAUCCACAAGAAGGCAAGUUUACCAUAGAUGUCAGUCAAAAGAUGGAGUUUAAUGCUCCAUUAUCACCAGAACUCAGACAAGUGAACGUAGAUUACUUUACAGCAGUUACAUCGAAAUCGAAUACAUACAACACGUUUUUCUUUUACAUUGAUCCUAACUCUACACUUAACAAGAACAACAUGAAACCAAUCCAAGAUCUUAUUGUUAGUGAUAGUGAACUUCUUCAAAUCCAAAAUGUGAAAGAUUACAUCUUUAUUCAGACCAAAAACACCGUUUCCAUUUAUCACAAACAGAGUCAUCAAGAACCAGUUUGUCAGAUUGCAUCCAUUACACUGGAUCCAGAAGACAUCUUCUGUGUUGAUCCAGUCACAUGUCAUUUUUAUGUUAUCAACGAGAACGGCUUCAAACGCUACAAAUUCAACGAAGAGUAUGAAGGCAUCCAAGGUUUUUUUGUAUGGAUCUUCAAUGCUACUAACAACGAAACAUACUUGACAACAGAGAACUUCACACCUACUAUGCUUUUAUACAUUGCUAAGUCAGACAUGCAACGAAUCAAACUAUUAACUAAAUACAUUGAAACUAAAGACACAUCACAACGUCUUAAACUUUUAUUGUCCCACCAAGCAUUGAUCUUAUACAUCCAAUACUUGUGUGAAAACAACACUCCUAAAGAACUUGAUUUGUUCACCGAAUGGUCACAAAGUAUGAUUGACCAGAACUUCCUUAGUGCUAAAACGAUCGAAACACGUACAUCUACAUUUGGCUUACAAGUCAAUAUCCACGAUGUUCGUACCAAAACUACUAUGUUUGAGUGUGCACUUGAGAAAGGCGACAUUGAUGAAGCAGUCAAGAUCCUUGAGAAUGUUCCACGCGACGACUUCGCCACAUGUGCUCUUCGAAUUGCAGACAAGCGAAUGGAAGAUGUUGUUCGUGUCACAUUCCAACGCAAACUUCUUGACCAGAAAGAACUUAUUCCAGUUCUUAUGAGCGAACACGCUGUCCAGUAUCUUCCAGUUUUCCUUGAGCGAAACAUCAUCAAAGAGAACUGGCAAUCCAUGAUCUUCAGCAUCCAAAUCACUAAAUGCAAGAGUGAAGAUAAGAUCCGAAUGUCUAAGAAAUUCAUUGACAUUUUGAAAGACAAAGACACUAACAAAGAUCAAUGGUACAACUUCGCCGUUCGUUACUGGAUUCAGUCACAUGAAUACGAACUUGCAUCAGAUGCAAUGUUCUCGCGUGGUGACAUCCGUGGUGCUGCUAUUGCAGAUGCAGAUGCAUCAUUGAAUGCUGUUCUUUCAACUAAAGACAUCUCUAAACGUCGAAGUCUUGCAAGUGAUUUAUUACGUAGUUUACCACCGGAAUACAGUUCUAAUAAAGCACGCGAUAUCCUUGAAAACAAGACACAAGACAUUGGAUUAGACACAUUGUUACGCUUCAUUCCAGACGAAACAUAUGUUAAACUAUUAGUUAAACCUACUGACGAAUUCUUGAACGAGAUGGACGAAAAGAUCAGUUUCGACCACAAAGAACGUGUUACAGCGCAGAAAGGUAUCGAAAAUGCACACAACAAACUUCAGAAAGAGAAAGAAUCACGAGACAAAUUUGUCAUGGCUGCAUCAGCUAAAUGCAACAUUUGUUGGGAUUCACUUUUCAAAGGUCGUUGUGUUAUUUUUAAGUGUGGUCACACAUUCCACAUUGAAUGUUUGAAGAAACACUUGUCAUCACUCGGUGUUACGGAAACAUUUGAUCCCACAUCAUGUUGUGCAUUUUGUUCAUUCCCUGCUCCAUCUACAGUUGACGAAAAUAUCUUAGAUGACGAAACAGAAUGGGUUAUUUCAUCCGACGAAAGCAAGAAAACGCUCACCAAAUCUGCAUUAUCCGAUUUUAGUGUUAUCAAAGGAUUUUUCGGAAAAUAA